AUGCUCAAAUUUAAUUUUUUCGCAGCUCAAAACGCACAAGCCUACGUUUGGUCGUUCAAAUGCGGGCUGUGUGGAGGAGAACUUGCUGAUCAUCUUUCAGGUCCCAACGAGAAGUCCAAUUUCUUCAAUCCUAAUGUUUACCGACAUUUAAAUACUAAUUUUGGGCAUAUUCACGUCACUCAUGAGGAAAAACUAUCUCCAAGUUUACUUCACCUUCAAAGGUGCCAAUAUCUUGCAUUAAAGGUAAGUACGUUUUGUAAAAAAUUGCUGCUUACACAAAUUUAG